AUGGGACUCGGUGUCUUAGAUGACAACAAACUCGAGCAUGUCCCCGGCACAGCCUUGCUGGCUGACAUGCUGGACACUCAGCAUCAUCAAUUUCAUGGUCGUGACACCAGCAACCUGAAACACGGCACUGGUCGUAACGCGGAUAUUGUUCUUGUCCCUCAGCCAAGUGACUCGCCGAGAGAUCCUCUCAACUGGCCAAGAUGGAAGAAAGACCUCGCCUUGCUGAUCAUUUCUGUUGACACGGCUGUUGUCGGUGCUUGGGGACCUAUGAUUUCUCCAGGAUUUGCUGAAAUGGCCGAGCAAUGGCACAUGUCCUACAACACGCUCAAUGGAGGCCUCGGCUGGGCCAUUUUUGCGAUUGGCAUCAGUUGCUUUGUGACCAACGCACUUUCUGUCAAGUUUGGUCGUCGACCCGUCAUGAUCCUGGGAAAUUUGAUUCUUUUCAUCUCCUCAGUUUGGGGUUACUUUGCACACAGCUAUCACUCUCUCCUGGCAAGUCGUAUCUUUGGUGCCAUUGGUAUGAGUCCGUUUGAAGUUCUCACGACGGCAAUAAUCGGAGAUAUGUACUUUGUCCACGAACGCGGUCUGCGGCUCGCUUUCUGGGGCCUCUGUCUCAGCAUCGGUGUAGGCGGCGCUAGCAUUAUUUCUGGCUACAUUAUUCAGGACAUUGGCUGGAAUUGGACAUAUGGCAUCUGCGCAUGCUUCUACGGCGCAUUCAUCAUCUUGAUCUUCUUUUUCGUUCCCGAGACCGUUUACCAGCGUGACCCGGCAUACAACUUGGACCUGGGCACACACGACCACACCUUCGAUGCUAUUGACGCUCAGGUCGUCAAGGGCGGGCAUCCCGAACACUUGGAAAAGACCAAGACUGGCAACAAAGUUCACACCGAGGUCAUCUACACCGGUGCCGACGAGAAGCCCUACACAUUCUGGGAAGAACUGAGACCCGUGCGAGGCAUCGAAUCGGAUGAGAAUCUGCUUGUGAUCAUUUUCCGUCCGUUUGGCAUGCUUCUCUUCCCUCAAGUGCUCUACGGAUUCAUCACUUACGGUCUCUCGACGUCCUGGCUCGUGGUCAUGAUCAGUGUGUUGGCACAACUGUUCACCGGGCCUCCGUACAAUUUUUCGGUCUCGGACGUCGGACUGAUCAGUAUUGCUGCAUUGAUCGCUUCCCUACUUGGGUUUAUGGCCGGUCCUCUCAACGACUGGACUGUCAAGAAGCUUGCCAGAAUGAACAACGGCAUUUACGAGCCCGAAUUCCGUCUUGCCUUGAACGUCCUCACUCUCGUUUUGGGUGUGGUAGGGUUCUUUGGGUUCGGUGCUACGUUGCAGAAUGAAGCUCCAUGGGCGGGUCCAGUCGUGCUCUACGGCAUCAUCUACUUCUCCAUGUCGUUCUUGAACAUUGGUAUCUAUGGCUACAUCACCGAGUGCCACCGAAACAAGGCUCCAGAAGCAUUUGCCUCGAUCAAUCUACGAAACAUCUACUCGUUCGGAAUGAAUUAUUUCAUCUCUAGUUGGAUCUCGAAUCAAGGGCCCUUGGAAGUCUUUUCGAUCAUUGGCGGUGUCCACAUCUUCAUUCUCCUUCUCACGAUCCCCAUGUGGAUCUUUGGGAAGCGCUGCCGAAGUUUCACUGCCCGCAAUCCACUCUUCCGCAAGAUUCAAGAGUCAUGA